CUCUCUCUCUCUUUGCAUAAAAAAUACAAACAAUAAAUGAUAGUUUUCCUUUAUUAUUUAAGUAAUUUACAUUUUACUUUCUAUUAUAUGUAUUGGGUUUGGAUGUUUUUUUUAUUGCGGCCGAGCUGCACUUCUAUAUACGAAAAUAUAUUAUCAUUUAGCAAUAAAAUGUGCAAUACUUUGUCGUAAAGUACAUGUAUUUCAAAACUAUUAUCUCUAAUCUUAUCAUAAUAAUUUAUUAUCUCUCGAACAUGUUUCAUUGUAGCUGACAUGGAAUUUUACAGAGAUGACCAUCCUCACCAGAGGUACAACCCCUUGAAGGAUGAGUGGGUUCUGGUGUCCCCGCACCGGACCAAGCGGCCGUGGAGCGGUCAAGUGGACUCCCCGGAAGAGGAGGAGCGGCCGGAAUUCGACCCUAACAAUCCUCUUUGCCCAGGAGUGAGGCGGCCCAGCGGCAAGGUGACUCCAUGCUACACGUCGACGUACACUUUUGAGAAUGACUUCCCUGCGCUGCUGCCAGACAGUCCCAGCCCUGCGGGGGGCGGAGACCCUCUGUUCCAGAUGGCCCCGGCGCAGGGCACGUGUCGCGUCAUGUGCUUCCACCCCAAGUCCAACCUGACACUCCCUCUCAUGAGCCAGAGUGAGAUACGAGCCGUUGUGGACGCGUGGGUGGAGCAGUUCUCGGAGCUGGGCAGGCGGUUCGCCUGGGUGCAGAUCUUCGAGAACCGCGGCGAGAUCAUGGGCUGCUCCAACCCGCACCCGCACUGCCAGAUCUGGGCCUCGGCGUUCCUGCCCAACGAGCCGCGCGUCAAGGACUCGAACCAGCGCGAGUACUUCCGGCGGCACGGCCGGCCGCUGCUGCUGGACUACGUCAGUCGGGAGCUGGAGCGGAGGGAGCGCGUGGUGGUGGAGAACUGCGACUGGGUGGUGGUGGUGCCGUUCUGGGCCGCGUGGCCCUUCGAGACGAUGCUGCUGCCCAAGACGCACCUGCUGCGACUCUCCGACUUGUCGACGGCCCAGCGCGACUCCCUCGCGGCCAUCAUCAAGCAGCUCACCACUCGCUACGACAACCUGUUCCGCACCUCCUUCCCCUACUCCAUGGGCUGGCACGGGGCUCCGACCGGGGCGCUGAUGGAUGCAGACAACGAGCACUGGAUGCUGCACGCCCUGUAUUACCCUCCGCUGCUGCGUUCGGCCAGCGUGCGCAAGUUCAUGGUGGGGUACGAGAUGCUGGCGCAGGUCCAGCGAGACCUGACCCAGGAGCAGGCGGCGGGGCGGCUCCGAGACCUGCCCGACCUCCACUACAAGCUGGUCGCGACCACCUGCUCCUGAUCGCCUGACAACCCCACCCUGCUUCGAUGCUGGCGUGCAAAUAAAUGUACAACUGUAAACAUUUAUAAUAAAUCUGUUUUUAGGAGUAAA